AUGGCGAGCGAGGCGGGCCUAGCGGAGCUCCCAGCGGAGCCGCUGGCCCUGACACCGCCUGUCCUUCUACCGGACUCCACAAGUCUGACUACAUCGACCUCUCUGACGGUGCCCACCUCGCGCACAAACCCACCGGAAGCGAGAAGAGCUGCAGCGGAGACGACGCUGGCGUCUCUCCCGCAGCCCGACGUGUCCAUCUGGACCGACGGUUCGGCUGGGGCCGGCACGCACGAUGGCGGAGGGGGAGCCCUGCUGAUCUUCCACCAGGAGUCCCGCACCGUUCAGCUAACGGUAGCGGCCGGGAAGGUAUGCAGCAGCACCCGGGCCGAACUCGUGGCCAUCCGCGAGGCGCUGGCCGAGGCCGCGGGCGAUCUGCCUGACCGGCCGAGCAUGCUGCUCCUCCUCUGCUGCGACUCGCGUGCAGCCAUCCAGUCGCUACAAGACACGGCGGACUCCCAGUCGGCUCUGGUAGCGGAGAUCAGGGACCUGCUAGACACCAUCACUUGUUCAGGCCACAGACUCCACUUGCAGUGGGUGCCCGGCCACGCGGGCCUGCCGGAGAACGAGGAGGCGGACCGUCUGGCAGCGAUCGGGAGCUCGCGCAGACAGGACCAGAUCCCCGUGGACCUGUGGUCGGCGAGAGCCGCGGUGGCCCGCCGGGCGCGGGCGAUGUGUGAUGCGCGCGCCAGACGCAGCCACCCGCACCCCGACCCGACGCCCGGGCACGACGGACUGGACCGCCGAGCGUCGGUAACCGUGGCGCAGCUCCGGGUGGGAUGUUCGCCCCUGACAGGAGACACCCGGCACCGACUCGGGCUGGCUGAGUCCGACGCGUGCGUCGACUGCGGCGAGCCGGACUCGGUCCCGCACCUGCUGAUGGACUGCCCCGCACACCAGGGGCCUCGGACCCGCCGGUGGGGCCCCCUGCCGACGCUGGGGGAGAUAUUCUCCACCGAAGCUGACCUCAUCGUAGACUUCCUGGUGGAGACGGGCCGGGCCCCACGGGACCCGGCCUAA